UUAAUGAAUUGUUAGAUUUACAUCUAUCUAACGAAAGAAUAACUUUUCUAGAAUUUUUAGAAAAACAUCACCAUGAAAUAUAUCAUCUUUGUUAUAACAAAACGCCUUGCUGUAUUUGUCAUCAAAAUGCACAUGGAGCAACAACAAAUUGUCCACCAUAUCGAAUUAUGUAUCCAGACCAGUUAAACUUGUUGUUUGAUAUUACAAGUGCAAAGCAACCUGGACACAAUCCAUACAGCAAGUCUAAACAUUGUUGCCUUCCAGUUAAUGGAAAUAUAAAACAAGAAGACUUGGACCUUACUCUUACAAGAUGCCUUCUAGUUAAUUUUACUAAUGUUAUACCAGUCGGGUCUAAUGAAAGGCAAGCUGUUGAAGGGUUGGUCAAGCUGAGAAAUGUUACAUUUGGACAUGCAAGUCGGGGAGUCAUUCCUCGUCUAGAAUAUGAUAAGAAUCGGCAACAAAUCGAAAAUUGUAUACUGACUAUAGCACAGAGAUGUGGAAAUAAAGAUAAAGUACGCCAGAAAUUGGAAGAUGCGAGAAAUAGACCUUUAGAUGUGAGGGUUUACCAUCAGUUGAUAAGCUAUUUGCCGAUGUCAAAAGAGAGCGAUGAUGACUUGAAUAAGAUAAUGACUUAUACCAGAGAGGAGGAGGAACCUGAUAAUGACAUCUUAGGUCAUGGAAAAAUUCGUAAAAGGUCACUUGAAAGUACAAUUAUUCAGGAAAGAUAUCAAUGCAUAGCUGGCAGUGUUUCAAGAUCGAGUAGAACUGGUAAUCAGUGUUUAAUGCCUGGUUAUGAUAGACAAUCAACAUCUACCUCAAACAAAAUAAGAGGUGGAGAGACAAAAACAGAUGAAAGAAAAGAUAUUAUUCAAAGGAAAGAGGAAUGCCGUUCAUGCAGACAAAAACUCAUAAGAAAUUGGAAAACUGUGAAAAAGUAUGUAUAUCCUGUUGAUUUGCUAGAACAACUUUGUAAAAGAAACUUACUUCAACGAGAACACUUUGGGGAUCUUAAUAGUAUGGAUAGAUCCCUAGCACUAGACAAAGUCUUAAUAUCGUGUUACCGGAACAUUUUCACAAAGACACAUUUUGACAUAUUGAAAGCAGCUGUUCAUGAUGUUAAUUCUGGUGCUAAUAUUGAAUGGGAUGCCAGCAUUGAUGACACAUGUACAGUGCCUUAUGAAGAUAUCAACAUUCCUGAAAAUGUUGUCUCAUCAAACGAUGGAUUCAAACGAACGUUAACACGAACUGUAAAGGGAAAGGUUGCCAUCGACAUCAAGGAUGAUUUUCUCGUUCACUCAAUUAUAACAAUUGAUGAACAUGAAAAAGUAUCCAACGAUCUUAGAGAACGUGCAGUGUCUGAUACUUUUAUACAGUUGAUUUUUGAUAGAUCUAGUACGCGUUCAUUAGAUUGUUUGGCACAUAGUUUACAACAAUUCAACGAGAAACAGAAAAUAAAGCAAAGUAAUAUUAAGGCUCUGGUGGAUAUGUUACGUGGAACAAGCAAACCAUCAGACUUAUCAAGUACAAGAAGCUCAAUAGAAAUGGUACAGUGCAGCUUUAAUCAAACAAUAGAAGCAUCUGCUAAUCUUAUGAUAAAACUGAACCUUACCAAUGACGAUCAACAAGACCAGUCUACUUUCAAUGAUAAAGUGGUACAAAAUGUUGAAAACAUAACUCCAGACUUGAUGAAAGUUCUUCGCAGUUAUCCAACAGGAGCAGACAAAGGAUCUGUUAUCAUAUAUUUGAAAUCACUAGAAAAGGAUCUUGCAAAAAGACUUCAGCGAAGUCUUAUCGAUGGCAGUUUCGUUGAAUUGUUGGACAAAUUGUUCAAUGAUAAGGCAUUAAAAACAUCAUUGUCUAAAGGAAAUUACAAGUUAGAAGUUACAAUAGAACCUAACGAAGGAUCAGUAUUCCAAGAUGAAUCUAAAUGUUUGACUGAAAAUGAAAAGCGUCCAUCAUCAAACCUGAUAUCUGUGAACAGAUCCUUUUUGAUCGACCAGAUUAAUGUUAUUGCAUUAUUGGAAGCUUUUGGCAGUUCCAACACGGAGACUAUUGCGAAAUUCGAAAAGGCCGGAAUUAAUAAAGCAAUUGAAAUCACGAAGCAGGCGGAGAUGUUUCUUGAUGUUGUUGAGAAAGAAGGGCUUCAAGAGACAUUUUGUAAUAUUCUGCAGGAAAAAGAAAUGACAUAUGUUCUUAACAGACUUCAAACGUAUCAGAAAGUGUGUUCUGCAGAUUAUACCAAUUUGCGGAGAAAUAUCAUUCACAAAUUUGAAAAACUUGUAAAUGAUAUAGAUAUCGAUGACAUGAGGGAGACAUUUGUUGAAAGAAAAGUGUUUGAUAUACAUACGUUUGAUAGAUUGGAAGCGCAAUUUAAAGACAACAGGGAACAAGCAACAGCAGCACUUCUGAUAAAAAUAUUGAAAGCAGGACAUGAAGCAGUAGUGACUUUGGUAGAUGGUUUAUACAUGAACGCCAUUGAUUCAUUGGCCAAUGAAUUAUUUGCGCCGUUUCCUUUGGUAACUUUUGAUGAAGAAGAUGCUGAAAUGGAACUAAAAGAAUCUAAAGGCUUGCUGUUUGAGGGAACUUUUCGAGUAAUUGUAGAAAAAGAUAAAGAUAAAUGUGCUAUGGAAAAGAAAGAAGCAGUAGGGGCGACCUGUUCCAAAUGUCUGAAAUAUAAGGAAUUAUAUGCGAAUGAAUUGUUGGAAAGAGAUAAAGCCAACCCAAAACUCUAUGACAAAAUAUUGGUUCAACAAGAGUAUAAACGUUUCCUAAAAGACACAAAGAAAAAAGACAUAGAAAUUUCAGAAGAAAGUUUUAAUCCAACCAUUCAGAAGGAAAGGGAACACUUUUAUCGCCACUCUACAGCUGUAAUUGAUCUCAGUAAAGAUGCAUUAGUGAUGCUGUUGAGAUAUGAACUGUCCAGAAACGGUGUCAAAUUUGUAGACUUUCUGUCAAAGAACCGACAUCACUUUUAUCACUGUGUCUAUACAUCUUGCUGUCGUUGCCAAUAUUACAUACCAGAGAAAUUGAAAGACUUGCCUGUCUCUGUUGAGCAUUUGGAAAUUAUACUAAACAGCAAAGGCACAAAACUGAAAGAACAUCGACAUGGAGUCUUCCCACAGUUGUGUUGUUGCCCUGUCAAUAGCAACUUAACAAUUGACCAGCUUGACUACGUGCUACUGAAACUUAUGCUGACAAGUCUCCAAUUGCAAUUUUAUGUUCAACAAGCUGUUGAUACAAUUGAAACGUGCAGAAAUGAAUCCUUUUACAAGGCUGAUUCUGCAAGACUAGAAUAUGUAAAGUAUCUAGAGUUUAAAACAGAAUUUCAAGAUGCUAUUCUAACUGUGUGUCGUUAUUGCAACACGGAGAAUGAAAUGGUAGGAAAGAUGAAGGCCAUAAUGUUGAGACCACUGGAUAUGACUUCCUUGUAUAGACGUCAACACAAGAUUCUCGAUGUAGUCGAAGAGAUAACGGAUGAAAAGAUCCGAAAGCAAGUGGAAGACAAAGUGGGAGUGAUUGAAUUCAAAUCAUCACUUCCAGAAGAAGAGUGUAGACAAUUUUGCGGAAAAUAUUUUGAACAAAAGAAAGAUGAAUUGAUUGCUUUUCAUCGUCAAUUAGAAAAAGAUAAACCUCGCUGGUGGGGUAAAAGAUACUUUCAUCGUAAAAGCAAGGAAGGACCUAGACAAUCAACUAAAACAUAGGAGAGCAAUCAUUCUGAUGUUGAUUUUUACUAUUUGUGUAAAGAGCAAUUCACUAGACAAUAUAUUUGAUUAAUGCAAUUAAAUAAUAUUUUUUUAAAACAUUCAAAUAAAUUCAGGCAUCGAUUAUU